CCUCACGCUCACAGUGACACUGACACAAGUGCAUAGCCGUAUACACGACGACAUCAUGCGGAAGUCCAAGCAGAGCAACACCGUCCCCAGGCAGAGCAAUCUUAGUAUACCUCGUACGCAGCCAUAGGGAAUUCGUUUUUGGUCACGAGGCUUUACAGUUUACAGAGGAAAUGAAGUUUAUCUAGAUGCAUAAUUUUGACUAAUUGACUUGGACGGAGACCCCGCUGUUGAAGGUCAAGAACGUGCACAGUAUCUCGAUCCCUCAAAUUCCCGUGCGACACGUCUGCUGCUUCCAUCGCUUGCUAGUUACAUAGUCCAUCCUGGUUCAGCUAUAUAACUUGAUCAAUUUAGAGAUAGUGAGCACCAAGAAUCAAUCAAUCGAGCAGAAAUUUGAUCUGUACAUCUCCAGUCACCAUGGCUGCCGCCGGCAGCAGCAAAACCGCGAGCUUGUUGCUAUGCCUGGCGAUGAUCUCCUUCGUGCAGCUGGCACAGUCCUCACCGAGCGGCGACAAAGGCAUCAAAGGGUUUCACGGCAAGAAGCUCAGCUUCACCCUGUACCAGCAGGAGACCAUCAACAAGACCAGCUACAUGGUCGUCGCCGGCGUCGCCGGCGCCGGCGUCAGCGAGACCACCACGCCCUUCGGCACCGUCUACGUCUUCCGCGACGACCUGACGGUGCGCCCCGAGAGGUCGUCCCGGGUGGCCGGCGUGGUGGAGGGGACCUCCGUGACGACCAGCUUCGACGGGCUGAGGAGCCUGUCGCUGGGCAAGAUCACGCUCGACCACCGCGGCCGCCGGGGAUCCAUGUCCGUCCUCGGGGGCACGCACAACACCCGGCCGUCCGACUGCCCGGUGGUCGGCGGCACAGGUGACUUCGCGUACGCCGUCGGCUACGUCCGGACGUCGCCGGUGAACCUGCGGGGAUCGUCGGUCACGUUCAAGGUGGAGUUUCACCUGUACUGGCCACCGUAUGCUCAUUACGCUCCAACUUCAAAGCACUAGACAAGUCGCUGUCUUCCACCUUGAUGAGCGCGUCUGCGUGUGUACUCGUUUCUGGCAGUCCGAUAUUAUAUCAUGCAUCUGCCUAUUUUUUUUCAGUCUCUCGCUGAGUAGUUAAUAUAGAGUUUGAAUUACCUCUGGGAGGUAUUUCCGUAUUUGGUGUAAUAAAAUUCAAGAUUGAUAAUCUGAGGAAUUUUCAUGAAAAAAUUAAACUACUACGGAUGAUGCGCUUAUCGGACGCUUGUUGUUCGGUGAUAGUACUACUUAAAAAAGAUCCUCGGAUAGUCAGACUUUGCAGUAUACAAUUAUGCCAAUGAGA